AGGCCUGACCCCGCUCAUGGUCGCAGUGAGAGAGAACAGACUGGCCAUUGUGGAGAGGCUGCUGGAGCUAGGUGUAAACCCGUCUGAGCAAACCAAGAAUGGCCGAAACGCUUUGCACGUGGCCGCUGCCCACUCCAAGGAGGAGAUCAUCCGGCUGCUGUUGGCUAGGAAAGCAGAUCCCAACCUCCCGGGAGGGCCCAAGGAGCAGCUGCCUCUUCACUAUGCGGCUCUCCGCCCCCUCGGGGCUGUCGGUGUGGUGCAGACCCUGCUGAGGGCUUCUCACAAAGAUGCCAGGCUCAACCCGGACACGGACGGCUGCCUGCCUCUCUCUCUGGCGGUGGAAGCCGGGAAUCCAGGGGUCUGCAAGGAGCUGCUUUCGGCCCACGCUGAGGCCCAGCUGAGAGCGCAGGAAAAGACAUAUGGCAACACGGCGCUGCACGUGAGCUGCAGGAAGAAAGAUGUGGAAAUGGCAAAAAUCCUAGUGGAAUAUGGAGCUGGGGUGGACUGCCCAAACGAAGAAGGUCAGACUCCUCUGCAUCUUGCUGCUUGGGAAGGCGAUGAAGCCCUGGUGAAGUUCUUCCAUCACUGCAAAGCCAAUCCUAAUAUAACAGACAAGAUGGUCAGGUCCCCUCUACACCUUGCUGCAGAGCAAGGCCACACGCACAUCGUGGAGCUGCUGGUGGAGAAGUUUCACUCCAACAUGCUGGCUCGCGCCAAGGAUGGCAGCACUCUCCUCCAUGUUGCCUCUGAGCACGGGCACCUGGAUACUGCCCUGGCUCUCCUGAAGAAAGGAGUCCCCUUGCACAUGCCCAACAAGAAAGGGGUGGUUUGCCUGCACACUGCUGCCAAGAUGGGGCACGCUGCUGUGGUGAAGGUCCUGCUGCAGAAGGGAGCAGACGUAGAUGCCCGCACCAGAGAGAACUACACUGCCCUCCAUAUCGCUGCCCAGCACUGCAGGCCGCUGGUGGUCCAGACCCUGCUGGGCUUUGGGGCACAGGUCCAGCCCAAAGGAGGCCAGGCAGAGGAGACCCCCCUGCACAUCGCAGCCCGCAUCCGGGAAGGAGAGAAAGUGGCAGAGAUGCUGCUGAACAGCGGAGCCGAUGUCAACGUGGAGCAGGAGAACGGCGAGACGGCCAUGCACGUUGCUGCUCGCCAUGGCAAUCGGAGGAUGAUCACUGCCCUGAUCGAGGAAGGAGGGAAGCUCACCUGGCCGUCCAAGGCUGGAGAGUGCCCUCUUCACAUUGCAGUACGGCAUUGCCACCUGCCGGUGGUAGAGGAGAUCCUCAACUACCUGGCCAAGGAGAAGAGCCUUGCGGAUGCUGUUGCCUGUGCCAGCAUGGAAAACGAGGCAGGAGAAACUCCCUUGCAUGUGGCUGCCGCUGUGAAGAAGGACAUGGUCCACUUGGAGGAGGAGGAAACCAAGAUUGUUGCCAUGCUCCUGGAGUACAAGGCCGACAUUUCUCGUACCACUAGGCUGUCACUCGAGACCCCCCUGCAUUACUGCGCCCGAGUGGGCAAUGCAGAUGUCCUGCUGGAGAUGCUGAAGCACAUUAGCACCCGUCAGAUGCAGCAGGCCAUUAACAAGCAAGCCAAGAAUGGCUGGUCCCCGCUGCUGGUGGCAGCUGAGCAAGGACACACUGCCAUCGCAAGGAUCCUGCUGCAGACCCAUGCCCGUGUUGACGUGUUCGACGAGCAGGGGAAAGCUGCCUUGCACCUAGCAGCAGAAAAUGGCCACGACCAGAUCGCAGACCUCCUCCUGUGGUACAAGGCCUUUGUGAAUGCCAAGACCAAGCUGGGCCUGACGCCCCUUCACCUGAGCGCUCAAAACGGCUACAACCACCUGGUCAAACUCCUCGUGGAGACUCACCUGGCCAGCAUUGAUGCUAUGACCUUGAGCAAGCAGACCCCGCUGCACCUGGCGGCGCUGAACGGGCAGCUGGAUGUGUGUGCCAGCCUGCUGAGCCUGGGUGCCAAUGUGAAUGCUGCAGACAUCCAAGGGCAAACGCCGCUGCACCUGGCUGCUGAGAACGACCAUUCGGAAGUGGUGAAGUUCUUUCUGAAGCACAAGCCCGAACUGGUGACGUCAGCCAACAUGGAAGGAUCUACCUGUGCCCACAUCGCCGCUUCCAAGGGCAGCAUCGCUGUGGUCAAGGAGCUGCUGAAGUUUAAUAAGGCAGGGGUAACCGCUGCACGCAACAAGACAAACAACUCUACUCCCCUGCACCUGGCAGCCGCCGGCGGGCACUGUGAGGUGGUGAAGGUCCUGCUACAGACGGGUGCUUCUGCAGCGGAUGAGGAUGGUGAAGGACUGACAGCAAUCCAUCUGGCAGCCAAGAACGGGCACAUCAAUGUCCUGGAAGCGUUAAGGGACAGCAUUUCUUUCAGGAUCACCAGUACCAAGACAGGAUUUACUGCCCUUCAUGUGGCAGCACGCUAUGGCCAGCUGGGCUUUGUCCGAGAGAUGCUCACGGGGGUUUCGGCCACAACGUGCAGCGAGCCGCCGCAGUCCAAACCUGAAGGAGAGCCGGUCAAGGAGCACACCAGCGAGUCAGGGUUCACUCCGCUGCAUCUAGCUGCCCAGUCGGGACACGAGAGCCUGGUCCGUCUGCUCCUCAACCUCCCGGGAGUGCAGGUGGACAGCCAGACCAGCCUGCAGGGCUCCUCCCCUCUCCAUCUGGCUGCUCAGCAUGGCCAUACCGCCGUCGUCGGGCUUCUCCUGAGCAAAUCCACCUCCCAGCUGCAUCUCCGAGACCGGCAGGGGAGGACCUGCAUCCACCUGGCUGCAGCCAGUGGUCACGUGGAGAUGGUGAGGGCGCUGCUGGGGCAGGGAGCGGAGAUCAAUGUCACGGACAAGCAAGGCUGGGGCCCCCUGCAUUUUGCUGCCAAGUCUGGUUACUUGGCUAGCGUCCAGCUUCUGGUGGAGAGCGGUGCCGCACCCACCCUCGAGUCCAAAGAGGGAAAGACAGCCGUCCAGUAUGCAGCAGCUGAACACCACCAGGAUGUCAUGAGCUUCCUGCUGAGAAAGAGCAACAACACCUUGAAGCUUCUGGAGGACAGAAAGUUUAUCUUCGACCUCAUGGUCUGCGGGAAGCUGAACAACCACAAGGUGACCGAGGAACUGGUCCUUCACUCCUCUGCCCCUCUGGACACUGCUGUCAAGCUUUCCCGGGCCUUCAACCUGGCUGCCCUAAAAGAGAAAGAACGGGCCAAGGACCUGCUUGCUGCAGCCAAGUACACGGAGAGCAUGGCCGCUGAGCUGCUGACGCUGGCCUGUGGGGGGAAAAGUGCCAGCUACCUUCUCCGCACAGUGGAUCACAGGGGCAAUACCAUGCUGGACACACUAAUUGAAUGUGAACAAAAGGACGUCAUAGCCCAUCCAGCAGUGCAAAACUACCUGACAGAAGUGUGGUACGGCAGUGUGCGAUGGCCCCCGUGGAAGAUAACUCUCCUGUUCUUUUCCUUCCUGGCUUGCCCACCCGUGUGGCUGUUUUUCUCCCUGCCCCUGAAGCACAGGUUCGAUACAAUCCCCAUUGUUAAGUUCAUGAGCCACUUGGCCUCUCAUAUCUUCCUGGUUGUCCUGUUCGUCCUCACCAUUGCGUACCCUCCCGUUAGCCCCAUUGGCGAAGAGCGCGUGGUGCCACACUGGAACGAGUGGAUGCUCCUAGCUUGGCUGCUGGGGACCUUCGUCACGGAGAUCACCCACCCAGGAGAAAGGGCUGGCUUGGCUUGGAUCCGAGUGUUUGUCCUGGGCUUCUCUGCCAUUGCUUCCCUCUGCCAUUUGCUGGCUUUGGUGUUCACCGGCACCGAUCGCUUGCACUGCCUUUUUGCCAGGAACAAUUUCCUAGGAGCGGCCAUGACUCUCUCCUUCGUGCAGUUCCUGGAGUUCCUCACCUUCCACCACCUCUUUGGCCCUUGGGCUGUCAUCAUCAGGAACCUCAUGAAGGACCUCAUGAGGUUUGCGGUCAUCCUGGGCUUGUUUCAUAUUGCUUUCACCAUGCAGCUGUCUUCAGUCUACCAGCCAGUCUACCCUGAAUCAAAGGCUGACGGGAGUGCGACUGGGAGCACCCCUACCCAAGACCCUCUUGACAUUACGGUCACGUUAUUCUUCUCCUUGUUCGGCCUUGUUGACCCCGAGUCCCUGCCGUCGCCCAACAGAACCCCACCCUUUACCUUCGUCAUCAUCCGCUCCGUGUUUGGCGUCUACCUGAUUGUGACCCUGAUUGUGCUGAUCAACCUGCUGAUUGCAAUGAUGAGUGACACGUACCAGAGGAUACAGGCUCAGUCCGACACCGAGUGGAAGUUCGGGAGGGCCGUGCUAAUCAGGGACAUGACUCAGAAGUCAGGAACGCCUUCCCCCUUCAACCUCUUCACACACCUUCUCUACUACAUCAAAAAGCUUUGCAAACGCAGAGGUAAGCUGUGCUUCACAGAACGGAGGGACCUGGUGAAUGAAGAAGAAGACCUGGACGCUGCUUCCAACACGCGGUCCAUUGGUAUGCUGGCUCACGCCUCUGUGUGUUGGACUCGGGUGGCUGCCAAGAGAGCGGCGCAAGUAUCUCCAGAAGGUAAUCGCAUCCACAGCCCUCUCUCGGCAGGGCCACUGCACAUCAAGGAAGCAGUUGACUGGCACAGCGUGGCCACCCACUAUUUCUCCUUGAAAGGGCGGCCAGAUGGAUCACUAUUGGAGAGGGAGUCCAUGCACUUGUGUAAGUCCUAGGCUACCCUCACCCAACCCCCCCCAUAACAGCUAUUGCUAUGAUUCGCUCAUGCUCUUGGCUGUUGGAGCCCAGCAGGAGUUGAAAGACAGACAACGUGUUAUAUGUGCAACUGGAACACAAUAAAGAUGAC